AUGACCUCGCGGGGGCCGGGGGUCGACCCCGGCGUGUGGUGCGCGCUGGAGAAGCUCAGGAACGCCGCCGCGCUCGCCACCCACGUGCACGACGGCGUGGAGCGCGCCCGCGGCCACCUGUGCGCUACCGAGCUCCUGGGGUUCCUGGACGAGGCCAGCGACGGUGGCGGCGACAGCAACACCGCGCUGUGGGAGCAGAGCCCGUGCUUCUGCGAGCAGUUCAGCGGUGCCAUGGCGCUCGCCGAAGCGCUGCCGAAGGCGAUGGACCUCGCCACGGAGACCGACGACGUCAAGUGA